UCAAAACACAAUUUACAAUGCCUUUAUCAUGAUUUUUCAGACAAGUUUGUAGAAGGUGUGAACUGGAACCAAAAGAUGUCUAAAAUCUUGAAAUUUGAAUUAUCCAAAAUGGAAGCGAGGCUCAAUGCAAGGAAUGAUGACUUGAAGGAUGAACUUUCGAGGUUAAGGGAAGAACUCUCAAAUGUUAAAGAUACAGUCAAUGAUACAUGCACUUAUCUUCCGGAUCAUCUAAUCUCUAUACGUGAUCACUGUCCAGAAAAGUCACAUGAAAGAUACGGAGGAGAUACUCCAAAGGCAUGUUGCAAAGAUAACAUUUGGUAUUGGCCCGGAAUUAUUGAGGAUGCAUUCUUCUACCAGACUGUGCCUAAUGGAAAAACAAUCUACCAGAUGUGCCCCGAGGGAGAAACGUUCCGUGUCUUUGAUUUCAACUCAUGUGCAUGUGCACCCAAGAUACUCAAAGAUUGUAUUCAAGCCAAAAGUGGACCAAAUGAAAUUUUGACAACACCUGGAAAACGUAUAAUGGCCAACUGUGAUGAAGAGUGGCUUGUCAUUGCACACCGCUACAAUGGCCACGAGGAUUUUGAAAGACGCACGUGGGAUGAAUACAAACAUGGUUUUGGGGUAACACCGGAGGAAUACUUCAUUGGGUUUGAGUCUCUCUUAACUAUUCUCAACCGGGGAUAUUACAUGCUACGAAUUGAUUAUCUUGGAUGGGAAAGGGAACGAGGUUUUGCACAAUAUUCUUCUUUCCGAAUCGGCGAUGUAAGAAGCAAGUAUAAGCUUAUUUUGGCAGGCUAUAUUAGAUCCGUUAGUACCGUAAGAGAUAGACUCCUAUACGUCAAUGGGCAUCCAUUUUCGACAAAAGAUGUAGAUAAUGGAGGACAUAGAUGUAUGGCAAAACACACCAUCGGACCCUGGUGGUACAGUAAUUGUGGAGCUAAUGCUAACUUAUUUUCGACAUAUGAUUACAAUGGUCCCUCUUGUGAACGUGGUGAUUGUAUGUACUGGCAUGGAUUUUCACAUGACUUGAGAAUAUUUACUAAUCGUAACUCUACGAUUAAAGAAAUGAAAAUGAAAAUAAAACCAUUUAGCGCAGGAUUUCCCUUGUAGACUCUUUAAACAAUAAACAAUUACAACAACAAUUAUCACGAUUCGUACAUUUAUUUCUCGCGUCCUUUAAGACGACCUUUGCAAUGGCCCAAACGAUCUAAGACCCGCGAACAAACUU